GCAACCUUCCCGUGAGAGGGCUUAGUGUCCCGGCAGGGGCAGCCUAUAAAUGCAGGGCCUGCACCGCGCUGUCAAACCUCUCUGUGUGGCUCCUUGGUGUGGACAGAGUGCAGGAAUAUGGUGGAAUUGUCCCAGAUGGAGAGGAGCAUAGAGACUAUCAUCAACGUCUUCCACCAGUAUUCUGUGCGGCUGGGGCACCCGGACACCCUGAACCAGAAAGAAUUCAAACAGCUGGUGCAAAAAGAGCUGGAAAACUUCCUCAAGAAUAAGAAGAAGGAUGAGAGAGCCAUAAAUCAUAUCUUGGAGGACCUGGACACAAAUGAAGACAAGGAGCUGAACUUCGAGGAGUUCAUCACCCUGGUGGCCCGGCUGACGGAAGCCUCUCAUGAGACGAUGCAUGAGAAUGCCCCUGAUCCAUAUCACCACAGCCAUGGGCCAGGCCUUGGGGAGGGUGGCCACUGCCAUAGCCAUGGUGGCCAUGGCCAUAGUCACUAAUCAGGCGGCCCGGCCGCCUUACCUUUUCUCCACUAGGGACACAGUGCUGUGUGCCACACUGCAUGAGCUGUGGGCCUGGGGGAUGGGGGAUGAAAUAAAGUCUUCCUCCAAGGCGG